AUGCCCAAAGCACCAUCCACGCGCUCGCGGUCGGGGCCUGUCGCGGCCUCGACACCUUCCCUACCUCCAAAUCCACCACCCUCACGCAGCCGGCCACACGCCGCCGCGCCGUCGUGGCUACGCACCGACUGGUCCAACACUGCAUUCGCAAUCCCCGUGUUCUCUGGAUCGUUUAACUCUGGUGCUCAGAUCAAGUGGGCGGCCAAGAACGCCACUGUCGUUCUCCACGACGCGUUCGGUGCCGGCCACUGGGACGACAUUAUCGACAAGCCAUAUGCCGUCUACCUGGCCGUGUGCGACCUUGUUCUCCAGCUCAAAGACGAUGCCGUGUUGAAGGAUAACGGCGAGAACAAGCUCCCAGACUAUCAGCAGUGGAACGCCGACCGCGAGCGCGAUAUCGAGAUGGUAUUCGGCUGGGCCCGCCGCGAUCUGACUCGCUAUGCCGGCCCUCUGCAUCUUCACGCUGCUCAACAGGUAUGCCGAAGCGCUCUACAAGCCCUGUUCUGCGAGGGCGACGACGCCGAGACGGGCCCUGUGGACGGCGAACACGAGCGCGUGCCUGUCGACCUGGACGCCAUGCGCGAGUUUGAACCCCGGCCAGCCGACCUCGACCGCUACAACCUCGUCGUACACCACAUGAGCGUCGGCGACGAGCACGACGAGGGCGCUAUCAACGACGAGAUUACCGCGUGGCAGGCAAAGCAUGGCUCGUUUGUCGAGGUCCUGGGCGCCGACAAGGGCCUGAGCGGUUUGCCCACGUUUCCCAAGAACCAUCGGCCCAACAUACAGGCGUCGUCGUCGUCAUCGUCGUCGUACAAGGUGUGGACCAGUGCCGACUUUCCCGAGCGUCCACAGGACUUGCGUGACAUUCCAACACUCGAGUCUCUUCUCUAG